AUGCACGAAGGUUAUUCUAUAGUGCAGUUCUUCAUCGCGCGGCGCGGGAUUCAAGACAUUUCCAAGUUGAAUGUCAAGAGCUACAGGAGUCACCUUGCUCUUGUUAGUCAAGAACCGACUCUAUAUCAAGGGACUAUCAGGAAGAACAUCACCUUGGGGACUAACGAUGAGGAUAUUUCCGAGGAGAAAAUCACCAAAGUAUGCCAGGAUGUUAAUAUCUACGCCUUAAUCCAAACUUUGCCUGACGGUAUCUCGACGAUCAUAGGAGCGAGGGGCGCCAUGCUCACUGGCGGACAGCAACAGCGAAUAGCCAUUACGCGAGCACUUCACAAUUCACGUAUCCUCCUCCUAGAUGAGGCAACUUCUGCACAAGAUUCCGAGUCUGAAAAGGUCGCCCAGAAUGCUCUCAAUGCGGCGGCUCAAGGCCGGACGGCGAUCGCCGUUGCGCAUCGAAUAAGCACGGUGCAGAAGGCCGAUUGUAUUUAUGUGUUACACAAAGGCAAUGUUGUGGAACAGGGAACGCAUCAAGAGUUGAUGGAGCGCAGGGGGAGGUGUGAAGGGAGCCAAAUUCGAGAAGUGUCGCCUGUUUCGCGCGAGCGCUCACGAGAACCCAAACAGAGGCAGCAACAAACCGAGCCACUUACGAUAGUCGAGAACAUCAAAAAUGGGCUGGUACAUGAGUCGGCGACGAAAUACAAAGAUCCGCACUAUGUUCCACCAGAAGAUCCAACCCGCAUCCUCGAAUAUAGCAAAUGGCCCGUACCUGCGACCAUGUUCGGCCUUAUUUUAGUUGGGAUUAUCAUCGGCAUCGGUCAUCAUCUAUGCUACAACUACUUAAAUGGGAAACCAGUUGCCAACUAUUCCCAAGCCUGGAUCCUGCGUGUUGCGACCGGUGCGGCCUUUCUUGUUAAGGUCAUUUUUGCGAUCUCCGUCGGAAUCGCUCUCUCUCUCAGGUCAAAUGGUUCACAAGAUCUGUUGGCGGCUCCCUUAGUCCUACUUAUGGCUGCUCUAUUGUGGUCAUUCGGCAUCAUUUCAAUUCUCACCCCCAGCACUCUUUCGGUCACGUAUACAACGCACACAUUAGUCCGCCCAUGCAAGGUGCCCAUGUUUGGAGCCGGAUCACCAAGCAGUCUCACCGUUUGGCAGCAAGCUCCCGGGGGCAAUCGAACACCGUACGGGGGGCCUGCCCCUUCUAUGAGCAAAAUUGCGGCGAAAACGAUAGUCGGGGGUACUCCUGUAGAGUUCGCGUCCCCUUGUGGCCAGAACUGCUCUUAUUCAACCUCAUUUAUGGGCCCUGCAAUGAGCUGCGAGACUCAGUCUUUCAAACUAGGCCAGGCGGUUCUUGGGCCCGGCGUUGUACAUGACAUUGAACAUGGCGAUUUCUUUUACUAUUAUGCUUCUCCCGAUGCUGAGUACAAGAGUAUGAUAUGGGUGUUAUCAAACCAGAAGCAAAGUCGCGACGGUCGUCCAGAUAUAUUGUUAUGCGGUACUUGGAAUACCACAUACAAUGUCGAUGUGACCUUCAGUGCUGGGAUUCCCACGUUUAAAACGACGAUUGGCAAUCUCAGCGAAGCAGACAAGGUCGACUGGGGCGAGAGUUUCAAUAAUGCUUACUACGCAAGUGUUGGUAUAGAAAAUGCUACCGUGCGGCAAGCGCUUGAUAUGGCUGCAGUUCGGGACUCACUAUAUGGCAACCUGGCUGGGAUUAUCUCCAUGCGACUCGAUGAGCAAAAUGCAUUCGAAUCCAACACAUCUUUUGUCCUCUCUAACCUGGUCGAUAUGUCGGUGAAUGAAAUCAAGAGCACUUUCAGUUUAAAGCGCGAAAUAAAGACCGGCGUCCCAGAGCUCAUGCAGAACAUUACUUUAUCAGUUAUGGGGAGGAAUACUCCCACGUCCACUACGGAAUGUACAUCUUUCCAAACAGAAUUGGUGUACCACUAUUCGCCGCUCUGGCUCCUGGUCCCGUAUUUUGUGGGCUUCGGCUUAUCUUUUCUGUGUGCCAGUAUAGGGCUAUAUACCCUUGUUGCCGACGGUGUCCCCGUGGAAGACAAUUUCAGCCAGAUUCUCGUGACAACUCGAAAUCCAGCACUGGAUGAGAUCUGUGGUGGUCUUUGCCUUACUAGCAACCAGGGAGAAUAUCUAAAGGAACAGAGGAUCCGCUUUGGUGAAUUGAUCCGUGAGGAUGGACUGAGUAGCGGCGUCUGCCAUGCUGCGUUCGGACUGGAAGGGCAGACUGUGCCAAUCCAAAAAGGGAGGAAAUACCAUUGA